GGAGAGAGAGGAGCCAUGGACAGGAAAGCCUCUCUAGGUGAAGAUUUGGUUUCCACCCUGAUGGAAUUCGAUGACGCCUUGCAAGACUUUACAAGAGGGCCUUGUGAUUCGGAGGAGCACCUCAAGAAACUCAAACAGCACCUCACGUUGAUCAGCGGUAGCAGCUGUGAUGCAGAAGAUGGGAGUUCAUCUCAAAGAAGCCCCGCCUACAACGGCGAAGAAACGUUGAGUCACCCGGUAACCAGCAUGACAUCAAGACACCAACCGAAAGCCAAACUCGGCGACACAAAAGAACUGGAAAACUUCAUUUCUGAUCUGGAUAAAGUUCUCACCGAUUUCUGAAAGAAGAAGUUCUCGGGAAUCAUAAAACUUCUGGUGAAAACUCCCACUUCCUGUUCAGCAGCUGACAUCAUUCCUUAU